UUGUCUGUGGUAGUCUGAGCGGCGAAAGUAAUGAAAGAUGGAAGGCGCCGAUGUUAAAUUAUUGAAGAGAUUUAUGGAGUAGCGAAGUGAUAGUCGCUCACUCGUCUUGUCUGCACGGUAAAGGACAGUGAUACCAGGAAACUGACAGAUAGCAUGCCAGUAGAGGUGACUCCACUGCAGAUGAGGGAACAUGUUGGCUAUGGACCAAGGAGUGGUGGAGGAAUGGCUGUCAGAAUUUAAGACCCUUCCUGACAGUGCUAUAUCCACCUAUGCCGCCUCACUAAAAGACAAAGGUGCCCUGGUCCCUGCACUCUACAAAGUCAUUCGAGAGAACUACAGUGAUUUGCUGGAGCCAGUGUGUCACCAGUUGUUUGAGUUUUAUCGGAGCGGUGAGCCCCAGCUGCAGCGUUUCACGCUACAGUUCCUGCCAGAGCUCCUGUGGAGCCUCCUGUCUGUCAGCGCAGCCAGAGACCCUCACACCUCCGGCUGCAUCGAGGCCCUGCUGCUGGGCAUUUAUAACCUGGAAAUAGUUGAUAAAGAUGGACAAAGUAAAGUAUUAUCUUUCACUGUCCCUUCCCUUUCCAAACCCUCAGUGUACCAUGAGCCCUCAGCUAUUGGCUCCAUGGCCCUUACGGAAGGAGCUCUAGCCAAUCACGGGCUGAGCAGGGUUGUGUACAGCGGGCCACAUCUCCAGAGAGAAACCUUUACGGCACAGAACAGGUUUGAGGUGCUGACCUUCCUGCUGUUGUGCUACAAUGCUGCUCUCAGCUACAUGACCUCCACCUCCCUGCAAUCUCUCUGCCAGCUCAGCUCCAGGGUAUGUAUAUGCGGUUACCCACGGCAACAGAUGCGUCGCUACAAAGGUAUUAGCACACGACUGACGGUCACGUCAGAGUUCCUGGUUCAACUCAUCACUGGGAUCCACUACGCCUUAUGUAACGGUGAAGUUGAAUUGGGAUCCAAAGCACUGGAUGACGUUCUGUAUCGAGCUCAGCUGGAAUUGUUCCCUGAAGCUCUGCUGGUGGGUAAUGCCAUCAAGUCAUCGCUGCACAGCGCAGCACUGAAGAGCAACAACAAGGAGGGUGCACGGAGUAUACAGGUGGAGAUAACGCCCACCUCCUCGAGGAUCUCCCGCAACGCUGUCACCUCCUUGUCUAUCAGGGGACACCGCUGGAAGAGACACGACGCAGUGGAUCUGGGUUCCCCGGAUGAGCUGAUGGAUAUUUCAGAACUGGACGAAGGGGUUUGGCCGGGUGGGGUGGGGCCUGACAUGACCCCACCCACCAUCACUAUCAGCAACAGCGUCACGACGUUGAACCUGGGGGCCAAGGCCAUGAAGAAGUGUCGGCUUGGCGGGCGCACCAGCAAGGACAAGGACAAGGAGGCGGGCCCUCUAACAACGGGUCGCGCCGCCAGCGAGAACACAGAGCUGUCGGUCAAGCGACUAACGCUCACUUCCAGCCAAUCAGUGCCCAAGGCAGGAGCUCUCACCAGCCUGACGCGCACUGCCAGCGCUGUCUUCUCCCGCUCCUUUGAGCAGGUGGCCAGCGGCAACGCCCCUCCUGCCAGCAACCACACCGCCUCUGAAGCUGGCCGCUAUUCCUGCAGCCUGCAGGAGGAAGGGUUGGGAUACCUGAGUCCCACGCCAAACCACACACAGCGCUCCCCCAGCAUUAGCGUGCAUCUCGGCUCUGAUCUUUGAACCCUUUGUGACUCUUGACUGUAUGAACCUUCAUCUCCGAUCCUGUGACCCUGUACCUGUGACCUGGAACUCCAAGCCAUGCCAACUUCAUGGGCCACAGACACAUGAAGAAACACUCCCGCUGUUUCUCCCAUCACUCCAUUUUGGGUGUCUUUGAUUCUCUGUGCUGUAGACUGACCUGCUGUCCUGCUUCAUUCAGACAUCCAACGCAGUCAGCUGCCUCUGCCCCUCUCCUCCAACAGAGAGUCCUCUCAGCCUGAUGGAGGCAGCGUGUCAGAGACACCACUUCCAGUUUCACUGAUUUUAAUGGUGCGCUGGGGCAGUGAAGCAGGAAAAAAAAACUGUGCUCCCUCGCACAGCAACUGUUUGUAAAUGGGUGCACUUACAAAUGAUAACUAAAAGACUGUGGAAAAGUAUUUUGAGAAAAGUUUAAUCAGCAUCUGUUGCCCUGCAUGGCUUUUCCAUACGUCCAUUCUUACCUUGCCCAGGUUUGUUGGAGGGCAGGUGUUGAGUAUGUGUGAGCAUGCUUGUGUGUGUGUGUGUGUGUGUGUGCGCGUGUGUAAUGUAUGUGUGUUUGUACAACUGUUUUUAGAAAAAGGCUGCUGAUUGAUAUAAUGAACAAGGUAUGAUUCUUUUAGUUGAAACAAGUGUUUCUACUACUUUUUUAAAAUAACGGAUCCCUUCCCAUAGCAAUACAAAUCUAUACUGUUCAGUGUUUUUUAACUUUUGGGCUGAUUACACAAAUGUCCACACCUGUCAUGUGUGCUUCUUUAAAGAAAGUCCUCAUUCUUCCUGACAAAAAGAAAAAAAAAAAAAACACUAAAUAAUCAAGCAGUAGGAUAAGAAUCAGGUCUUUGUUUACAAUCACACAGUAUUCUGAUCAUGAUGGAGAAGCAAUAUUCGUGUCCUUCCCCCUCACUCCUCGAGCACCUUCCUGAAUUGCUGUGUAUUAGAUGGCAAACAAAAGGAAAAUUCAACUUCUGACAAAUGACAAAGAUGAUUUAGGUUUGUGGGGACGAUGCCUGCAUACGAUUUGUUUAGGUAUUGAAUUUUUGCACAUGAAAGAGCAAAUGAGUUGUGUUUUCAACUUUGGUAUUUUCAUAUGAACAAGAGAAGUUUGACUCUCAAAUGUGGUAUUUUCCUGUGAGAGAAAUACGCUUUGUUGCUCUGUAAUGAUUCUUUUCUGACUCUUGUGCGUUGCCACCUAUCCGACAGUUUAAAACCUACAAAAACCUGCAGUUCACUUACUUGCACCGAUUAAAGAAUUUGAAACCUCUGAGUAGAGUUGUGCUAGUUUAAACAAAACUUAAUCGAAUAUAUUCCUGUUCUACAGUAGGAGCACAUUUGGGGCAACAAGGCAUCUUUCCUACCUUCAGAUCCACCCACCAUUCCAGCUGUUUGUUGUACUUUAGUGAUGUGUUUCCUGCUUGUUCACCGCAUCGUCGUGUCACAAGACACGGUGAUCUUCUCUUGUACCAAGAAAGGAAUAAAACUCCAACCAUCUGCUACAUUUGAUGUCCUAAAUCAAGCAUUCACGCUGCCCCACCCGCAAGCGAACUUGUAUUCUGUUGUCUGUGUACUAGAGCUGUUGAGUGUCCGUAGCUUGGUGGGACAUUAACAAUCAUGUUGGGUUUACAGAAUGUGAAUGGGUAAACUAUUGUUGUACAUCAUACUGUUGUACUAAAGUUGAUUAUAUUGGCCUUUCUAUGUCUGAAAAUUACUCACCACUCAAACUUCUGGGAAUAAAGUGUUUCUAUAUUUCA